AUGCAAUCCAUCCUGCAGUCCACAACCGGUCUCGGGCCCAAGCCCGUCCACCCGGACAACCUCCACGGCCGCGUCGCCGUUGUGGUAGGCGGCGCAUUCGGCAUCGGCUUCGAGGUGUCGCGCGCGCUCGCCAACGCAGGCUGCCGCGUGCUGAUGGUCAACCGCAAGGAGGAGCAAGGCGAGGACGCAAAGGCGACCAUCGCGGCCGAGUCGCCCGGCGCGCAGGUCGAGUGGCUCGAGUGCGACAUGGGCAAUCUCUGGCAGAUCCGCGACGUGUUUACCAAGUUGGCACGGGGCUCGGAGGAGGAGGGGGGUCUCGGUAGGCUGGAUUAUCUGGUGCUUUCGGCGGGUAUUAACACGAAUGAGUUUGGGCUGGAUGCCGAUGGGAUCGAUCGGCAUUUUGGCGUGAAUUACCUUGGGCAGUUUUACGUCGUCAAUCUACUGUGGCCGGUGCUGAGGAAGACGGCCAGGAUGGAAGGGGCGCCGAGGCCCCGGGUGGUAUUUGAGGCGAGCGAGAUGCACCGCACCGCGUCGGGAAAUGUGCAUUUUGCGAGCCUCGAGGAGAUCAAUGACGGGAGUCUGGGGCCGACGGAGCGCUAUGGCCGGACGAAGCUGGCUAUGAUCUUAUUUUCCAAGUAUGGGUUGGCGAGGAAGGUGAUCAAGGAGAAUGGCGAUGAUAUCAUUGCUGUGGCGGUGCAUCCUGGGGCCGUCAACACGGCCAUGCAGCAGCAGUGGAAGGACGCGUACCCCGGCGUCACGGGCAAGCUGCUCACCUGGGCGAUGCUGGCGUUUGGCCGCGAUGUGCAGCAGGGCUCGUACAGCGCGCUUUGGGCGCUCACCUCGGACAAGGUGCAGAGCGGCUGGUACUACAGCGACCCCGACCAGCCCGGCAAGGAGUCGGCGCAGGCCUCGGAUGAGAACCUUGGAGAGGCAUUGUGGGAGCUAUCCCAUCGUAUCAUCAAGGACAAGCUCGGCAAGGACGCGCUGGUGGACUGGAAGACAUCCGCAUAG